AUGAGUCAAGACAAGAAGGACACUCAUGUUCAGUGUUUGGCUCCUUUGUCGGUGUAUUUAAGCCCUUGUGGUCCCAGCGUUCUUUUUCAGGUGACGUUUCGCACCAGAAUCUACCACUGCAACAUCAACAGUCAGGGUGUGAUCUGUCUGGACAUCCUGAAGGACAACUGGAGCCCGGCGCUCACCAUCUCCAAAGUGCUGCUGUCCAUCUGCUCUCUCCUCACAGACUGUAACCCUGCUGAUCCUCUGGUAGGAAGCAUUGCCUCACAGACUGACAGAGCACAGCACCACAGGAUAGCCAAACAUGGGACCAAACGCUAUUCAGUCUUACCCCGAGGUUACUGUAGCCACCCAGAUCCAGACCAGAUGGUGGAUCAGCACCUAGAGGGGACCACUAGAUGUGCCCCAGAGACAGAUCCCCAGCGUAAACCUGACAAUCGGCACUAGACCAUGGGAACCAGACAAGUCCUCUGCUCCAUCUGAUCUGUGUUGCAGUCUGGAAUUAAACCACACCAUGCUGGUUUCAUCUGGCUAGAGGAGAACUGGCCCCCGACUGAGCCUGGUUUCUCCCAAGGCUUUUUCUCCAUUUGUCACCAGUGGAG